AUGCUACCGUUUCUUGCGCCAUACCUUUCCAAUCCCCGGCAAUCACUGUCGCAGGUGCUGAACUUUGCCCUGGUCCUGUCGACGGCCUUUAUGCUGUGGAAGUCUCUUUCAGUGAUUGCAGACUCGCCCUCGCCUAUCGUGGUGGUGCUGAGUGGGUCGAUGGAACCUGCCUUUCAACGGGGUGAUCUCCUGUUCCUCUGGAAUCGAGACAAAACGGCCGAGGUUGGGGAAAUUGUCGUCUACAACGUCAAGGACAAGGAUAUUCCCAUUGUUCAUCGCGUCGUCCGCAGUCAUGCAGCUGCGGCCCCUGUCAAAGCGGACAAGAGCGGGAACCUCUCGAAAGCUGCUCCCAAACUCCUCACGAAAGGCGACAACAACGUCGCCGACGACACGGAACUCUACGCGCGCGGCCAGAGCUAUCUGGACAGGAAAGAGGAUAUUAUUGGCAGUGUCCGCGGAUAUGUGCCAGCAGUUGGAUACGUGACCAUCAUGCUUAGCGAGCACCCUUGGUUAAAGACGGUCAUGCUGGGGAUCAUGGGCUUGAUGGUCAUCUUGCAAAGAGAGUAA